AUGUCCGACAAGCACAUACUGAUGCCCACCGGGCCACGAGGCACCCUCCGAGCUCGACGGGAUCUGCGCUCCUCGUCGCAGUCCCCGGCUCGUCAGCACCGCUCGAGCGACGACCUCCUCUCCCGUCUCACACCAGCCUCGGCUGUAGAAGCGCUCCGAUCUCCGACUGGUGCUCUAAAGACUUGCAUAGACCAGGCCUCGGUUUCUGAGCAGUCUUUCGCUAUGAGAGCCGCUCUUGCGUCCAAACAGAUUCAGGAUUGGCUGGACGAGCUGAACGACUGGCCUUGGCCUUCAAGUGGUGGUCCCGUUGGUUUCGAGAUGCCUUCUGCUAAGAGAAGGAAGCUGUCCGAACCUGAGACACCACAAGACAGCCCCAAAGGCAAGCUCCCUGAGUCUGCUCCUUACGCCGACACCAGCUACGUGGGCAGUCUUCUUGAAGCCGAUGUGGUUCGCUACGAGAGACGAGUUGAGCAGAUAUACCGUGAUAUGGAAGGGUUGGGUCUGGAAGAGAUCAAGACACAGGUCUUACACAAUCACAUUCUGCCCCUAUCACGGCCAGGUACACCCUUCUCUGACGGCGGCCGCUCAGUCGGUUCUGCCUUUUCGUUUGCCAGGAUGGAGGAUCUGACGGCUGUCGUCACUGCCAUCACUGUCCAAGCCUUGCCGAACCUAUCAAGACUGUCAAGACUGCUGAAUACUUGGAGUGUGCGUUUGCUCGUUUUGCGCAAAGUUCCGCCCCUGCUCAGCAUGAUAGCGGAUGCAGAGAUCGCACUGGGCUCGGGCUGGAGUGCACUUGAUUUGUCAGAUCACAACGCUGCUAAUCUGGAAAGAGAAGAGGGAACUCCAGCAGACGGGCCAUCUUUCCUCUCACGAAACGAAUUCAACGUCAUCAGACGUGUGCUGCAGCAGAAAGUGACGACACCAGGACGAGAUCUUGAUUCCAUGCUUGAUGCCCUUGAAGGAAUGAUGGAUACCCUACCAGAUGAAUGGCUAGAUCGCAUGGAAAGAAUCGAACGGGACUAUGCAGAGUGGGUGACUACUGCAGAACGCCAAGUCCAAGAGGGCGAAUGGGCUGAGGUAUCAAAGCCUACUACGUCUGUCGAACCUCCUCUUCAACUAGACACCACACGACCAAAAAUUCAAAUCCAGGAACCAAGCCCGACUAAGCAAUCAUUAAACGCUCCUGAGAGUAACCGAUCGGCUUCGCGUAGCCCAACGUCAGACUACUCAUCUGUGACGAGUGAGCACACUGAUCCUCGUGAUCCUCCAAGCCGCAGAUCCUCGGCCGAAAUCAUUGACGACACCCUUGGACAGGGUGCAGUCAGAAUAUUGGUAGACGAGCCGGACAAGAGCAUUUCAGGGUCGACUUCACAAGUGGUGGACUUGACUCAACACGCGGCACACCAGCACGAGGUAGACACCGGAGCUGUGGCUAAGGACCCGAGUCUAGACUAUGAUGGUGUUCGUGAGUCAAGACAGACAAAACCGGACGCCUCGGACUUCAAAGUCACCGAGGAUCCCCCACGCUUCUUUGCAACUCAAGAAUCUCGUGGUUCCAUCUACGACGGAUCUGAAGAUGUAGAGGCAUUUGAAGAUGAUCGAGUCAGCCUUAUUCUGUCAGAAGUCCAUCACAACAUAGUUCGUGCACCUCGUGCAGACUCUUCAAGGCUGGAAGAACUCUUGCUAAAGCCAGCCUCCGACGAUGAAUUCGAACCCUCAGUUCUGGAGUCCGUAAACGAGGAGGACGAAGAGCUCGAUCUACCUCCUGCGCGGCUUGUGAAAGAGAGAAGCAGCCAGGCCUCGCUCACUUCCACUUUGCUACAUGAACCCUCCAGCAAUUUUCCAGAUCAUUCGGACAAUAUGCCCUACAGAGAAGAUUCAGUUGAGUUGGAGCUUCCACGUUUACCAGAUCCUAAUGAACCAUUCUCGAGUGAUGCUCUCAGCCCACCAAGCUCACCUCCGCUACGAUACAAGCCAAGAUCUACGUCGGUCACUUUCAAGGAUCACCCAGAGGUAGCACCACUCCCAGAAGUAGGCGGAACUCCACCCGGCAGUCCUCUCCAACCACCAGAUGUCUUUGACCCUGACACGUCAUUCGACUGGGAGAGUCAGCUACACAGCCCGGGUCGCAUGAGUACCGUCAGCACAACUAGUGAUGACGAUCACCUUCACCAACAGAUACGAGAUGUGCUUCAGAAUAUCCCGGUCAAGAUCUCCAUGACGAAAUCACGAGUUAACUUGAACCCCCCUGAUUUCCAACAUCCCACGCGACCUAAGGCUACUAAGAGCUCAGAACCUCUGCGCCGUAGUGGGUCGAGCCUUUCUUCGCGAGCGGAGACUCCUUCGUACUCUCGAGCAGGAACCCCUUCCUAUUCACGCAGUGGGACCCCCUCAUUCAUGUUGGCGCCAGUGCGGGACGCUCGUCCCAGGUCGAAGAGCAGUCAGGGAAUCAGGAUUUACCAUCUAUCCUCGCGGUCUGGAGAGCCGCCUAUCAAGCUCUUUAUUCGGACCGUGGGAGAAAAGCAAGAGAGGGUCAUGGUUCGCGUCGGUGGUGGAUGGGCUGAUCUGGGCGAAUACCUGAGAGACUAUGCUUCACAUCACAGUCGUCGAUCCAAGGGCGAGGGCAAGGUUGAGCUCAUAGAUUCUCCCUCUGUGGCUAAUGGUCGAUUGGGGUCCAGUCCCGCAAGCCGGCCGGGGUCGGCCAUGGACUCGCCAAUGACUCCUCUUGGAGUCCGGAAGACUAGAAAGAUUUCGGGCCAAGAAGGGCCAGGCAGACUCCCAAAGAUGCCGUGGGCCCCUGACACCGAGGAUAACGAUGAGCCAUCUUCAAGUACGUCUGCUAGGUCGCGCGCUUCGUCUCACGUCGACUGGGACGAAGAAGACAGCUCCCUCGGUCUAGCUGGGCCGAAAGCCCCCAAGCGAGCGGAAUUGGACGAUGAGACACGUGCUUGGGUACAGAGUGUGAAGCAGAAGGUUCGCGUCGCUAGUGGCGAACGAACCGCCGCCUCUGAACCAAAGCUGGACAACAAGUCAAGUUUCAGCGACAUGGGCAAGGUGGGAAGUACGAAACGGUUGUUCAGGAAGAACUAG